AUGACCUCUGAUUGUACUUCAUCAAUAGGAAUAUUCAUGAUGGCUAUGGGGGCUGUCUUAUCAGCCAUUUUCUAUCAUCACUUGUUAUCCUUGAGGACUAUUCAGGAACAGAGUGGAGGAUCAUCAUGGUCAAAUAUUGAUAAUUACAAACCAAAGAUUUAUACAAGUGAACCAAAUGAAUAUAGAUUUGCAAUGAUUGCUGAUUUGGACAAGGAUUCAAAAUAUAAGAAUGAUUUCAAGUGGAGGAGUUUUGUGAUUAAAGGAAUAGUGAAAAGAAAAGCAAAUGGAAAAUAUUCCAUAGAGUUUGGAAAGGAUAAUUCUAAAUUUGAAAUUCAAUCCUUAUUAGCAAGAAGAAAUAGAAGUAUGGAAUUGAGUACUUUAUCUUUGUGGAGAGGAAAGUUUUAUGCUACUUGUGAUUAUACUGGAAUUGUUUAUGAAAUUGAUAUGGAACAAGAAAGAGCUUAUCCAAGACAUGUUUUAUAUUCUGGAGAUGGAAAUACCAAGAUUCCAUUAAAGGCAGAAUGGUCCACUGUUGGUCCUGAUGAUAGACUUUAUAUUGGAUCUAUUGGAAAGGAAUGGGUUGCUAAUGGAGAAGCACUCAAUAGACAUUGUGAAUGGGUUAAGGUUAUUGAUAGAAAAUCAUACAAGGAGAUUUCAGUUGAUUGGGGAGAAGUCUAUAUGAGAUUAAGGCAAUCUGUUAAUGCUACUGAACCAGGUUAUCUUAUUCACGAAUCUGUAUUUUAUGACAAAUUUUUGAAAGAAUGGAUUUUCCUUCCAAGAAGACAUUCUGAAGAUGUAAAAUAUAAUGAAAAAUCCGAUGAGUAUUUGGGUGCAAAUAUCAUGAUCAGAACUGACAUUGAUUUACAACAAGUUAAGAAGGUUGUUAGAGUUGGCAGAAAGAGCGAAAAUCCAGAAGAAUUUUAUGAUAACUUUUUGGAUAAGAGAUUUGGUUUUACUGACAUUGUCAGAUUGACCAAGACAGCUGGUAAUAACCACUACUUGGCCACAAGAGUUAUUGAGGUUUCUCAUCCAGAAGAAAUAGUUGAGACCUAUCUUACAAUUUUUGAUGAUAAUGGUGUAGUUUUGCUUGAUUCUCCAACUGGAGUUUUGGAAUUGCCUGAAGAGCUUGGAAAAGGUGAGAAAUACGAAGGAAUUGAAGUAUUUGAAUAA